UCCCAAAAUUCGAUUCUCUGAACUCUGAAGUAUCGAAAAUUGUUAACUUUUGUACCCAUUGAUGAGUCAAGGAGUAUAAAAUUUUGUAAAAGAUUAGAAGAAAUGGGGAACAGAGGCCAUACUCAGUACAGGACGACAAGGAGAACGUCCAAUUUCUCAAUUACUCUAUACAUUUUUCUCCUUUUUGUUUUCUCAAUGUUCGUAUUCUUUUAUUACACUAAAGAUAUGGCUGAAGAUGAACAAAAGCCUGUCUUGGCAUCGGAGAAGAAGGAGGAGCCUGAAUUCCAAGAGAAUGAAGAUAAUUCUGUUUGGGAAGCUUCAAAGAGCCAUGGUUUACAUCCAUGCAUUAAGCCAACUGCAAAAUACAAAGCUGCUCUAGGAUGGAAUCGCUACUUGACUGUAAAAAGUAAUGGUGGAUUAAAUCAAAUGAGGACGGGUAUAGCUGACAUGGUGGCAGUGGCGCAUGUGAUGAAUGCAACUUUGGUAAUUCCUCAAUUGGACAAGCGUUCAUUCUGGCAAGAUUCAAGUACAUUUUCAGAUAUAUUUGAUGAGAACCAUUUCAUCAAAGCAUUACGAGGAGACCUCAUGAUUAUUAAAGAGCUUCCCAAAGAAAUAGAAUCUUUACCUCGAGCUAGGAAGCACUUUACGUCAUGGUCAGGAGUGGGUUACUAUGAAGAAAUGACUCAAUUGUGGAAGGAGCAUCAGGUAAUUCAUGUUGCUAAAUCUGAUUCUCGCCUUGCGAACAAUGAACUGCCUCUGGAUAUUCAGAGAUUAAGAUGCCGUGCUCUAUAUAAUGCUCUCCGCUUCUCUCCUCCUAUUGAGAGACUUGGAAAGAAGCUCGUGGAGCAGCUGCGAACCAGAGCAAAAAGAUAUGUUGCACUCCAUUUGAGAUAUGAGAAGGACAUGCUGUCUUUUACUGGUUGUACUUAUGGUCUUACUGAUGCAGAAGCAGAGGAACUUCGGGUGAUGAGAGAGAAGACAAAUCAUUGGAAGAUUAAGGUUAUCAACUCAACCGAACAGAGAAUUGGUGGUUUUUGCCCUCUCACUCCAAAGGAGGUCGGAUUAUUUCUUCAAGCUCUUGGUUAUCCUCCAUCAACAUUGAUUUAUAUUGCUGCUGGAGAAAUUUAUGGUGGUAACACUCGUCUCUCAGAGCUCAAAUCUUACUUUCCAAAUGUUGUUUUCAAGGAAAUGCUGGCAACGCCAGAACUGAGAGAGUUUGCAAAUCAUGCCUCACAAGCUGCAGCACUCGAUUAUUUAAUCUCUGUAGAGAGUGAUGUUUUCAUUCCAUCACACUCAGGUAAUAUGGCAAGAGCAGUUGAGGGGCACCGCAGAUUCUUAGGCCACCGGAAAACAAUCACUCCGGACAGGAAAGGCCUAGUUGAAAUAUUUGAUCAGCUGGAAGCUGGUCAGCUUGAUGGAUCAUCAUUUUCACAUCUUGUCAGGCAUUUGCAUAAGAACAGGCAAGGUGCUCCAAGAAAAAGAGCUGGUGCCCCCCCGGGAGUCAGAGGUCGAGCAAGGUCAAGACUUGAGGAGUCAUUUUACCAAAACCCAUAUCCAGAGUGUAUAUGCAGUUCUAGAACCAGAGUAAGAAAAUAAAAGGGGUGCUUCUUGUCUGCUUCCAGCCAGCAGGUCUCUCUUGUUCUCAGUCAUCUAAAUGUCUGAAAUCAUAUAUUUCCUACCAUCUUAUUCGGCUUCAGUUUCUCUGUUCUUAAUUAUUUGUUGGCCAAUUUAGCUAACUGUUGUUUACUUGCAUUAGACUAGUGAUUAAGUAUCUUGGUACAUAUACAUUAUGACACUUCUCUUGUCCAUCUUUCGCCCUCUCCUCGUCCCUCUUCUUCCAAUUCCUUUUUCAUUCUUCAUCUUUGUAAACAAAUGAUGGUAUAUUGGAAUUAAGGAGCAGAACUGUUUAACGUCUUGGUAAA